ACUCGGUAAGCGAGGCCAACCUCGAAAUGUUAUCCAUCAUUUCAAUUGUCGGCAGCAGUAUAUCCUUUUGCUGCCUGGUAAUGACAGUAUUUACCUACACCGUAUUCAGAAACCUGAGAAGACAUAGCCCCUCUAAAAUAGUCUACAACUUGUGCUGGGCUCUGUUGCUUUUCAAUGGCUUAUUUCUAUUGGGGAGAUAUUUUCCAACAAUUCUACGGGAGGCCGUGCGCUGUAAGGCAAUGGCAGCGUUGCUUCACUAUUCGCUUCUUGCUUCAAUGUUCUGGAUGUCAGUAAACGCAUUUUAUAUGUAUAUCUCGGUGGUUAAGGUGUUCAACGUCCAAAUAGCCCGCUUUAUCUUGAAGUGUUUUCUGUUUGCUUGGGGCCUGCCAGCUGUUUUAGUUGUCCUUACGCUGCUUAUCAAUGAUACAGAGAACUACGGACGUUUAUAUACUAACUUCUGCUGGAUAAGGAAGCCAGCCUUCUACGUCACGCUCGUCUCACCCGUGGCGACCUCCCUUCUGAUCAACCUCGCCGUUUUUUGUUUGAGCAUGAUCGAGAUCUCCAAGAGCAACAAAAGGCACUCGUCAAUGUUGAUCAACGAAAGGAAAAGCUUUAUGGCUAAUUUUCGAGUGGCCUUCGUCCUCCUAAUACUGCUUGGGUUGACUUGGACGUUCGCCUUCUUUUCGUUCGGUGAACUCGGCACGCUAUUUAGCUACCUGUUUUCCAUUUUUAACUCUCUACAGGGGAUGUUUAUAUUCACGUUUUACUGUCUGCUGAAGCGGGAGGUACACAAUGCUUGGCUGGUGUUAUGUGGCUGUCAGAUUGAAGAUAUCGUCAUUACUAGCAAGUACAGUGAAUCAAGGGUAUCUAGAUCCAGUUUGAGCAAACAGUCUAAAUACUACGAAUUUAAAUUUACCACGUCGAAGGACAGCGGAUCAUCCUCUGCUCAGGAAGGUUAG